AUGUUCGACCUCCCAGAUGCAAAACGCAUCCGCCGCGAUGACAUCCUCUCGCGAGACUCCUCCUCAUCCCCAUCUCCACCUCCAGAUGACACCGCAUACCCAGACGCUCAAGCACGCCUAGGCGCGCUCCUAAACCUCGACUUCACCCCCACCGAACCACAAGAAUCCGUCCCCGGCACCACGCAAGAAGAUUCCAAAGAACAAGACGACGACGAAGAGCAAGAGUUCGAGUUCAGAUUAUUCUCCGCACCCGCACCUGCAGAAUCCUCUAGCAAAGAAGCACCGAAUGGUGCGGCUGGCACAACUGAAUCCGGUGCCCAGAAACUGCGCAUCCGGCUUCGAUCUCCGACGCCUACGACAGGGACUGGUGGGGAGGGUCGCUUUGUGAAGCCGUUUCGUGGGUGGAGUUACUAUUUUACGGCACCGGGUUUGUUAUCGGGGGAGAAGGGGGCCGGAGAGGAUGAGAGGAUAGCGGCGAAGAGAAGGCAGUUUGAGGAUGUAGCUGUUAGUGGAGAGGAGAUGCGCAGGUUAGCUGGAGUGCCUUGGCCAGGUUGCGAUCUGUCGUGGCGGGUGAUUCGUCUGAAGAGGGAGCACACGAAAUUGCCGCGCGAGGAGAAGGGUACAAAGUCUUCGGCGAUUACAUGUGUUCCGGAAGCAGCGGAGAGGGAGCCUUUGUCCCACAAGAAGCCAGGGAAGAAGCGGCGCAUUCAGUUACGGAAGCGCGCUGCGGUUGCGGAGAGGGCGAAGGAGACCGAAGCCGAGAAGCGCAAUCGGAAGAACCGAGAGAAGAAGAUUAAGCGGAGGCAGAAGGCUAGGGAGCAAAAAGCCGCUGCCGCUGCUGGUGACCCUAACUCAGCGGCGCAAGAGCAGGGUGGCGAUGAUUCCUCAGAGAGUGAUUAG